GAGCAAUUGAUACGCAAAGCAGCUGAAACCCUCAGAUCCGCGAGCGAAAGAAGGCGGACAUCGCUAUGCUCCUCGACCACUCCGCCAUCGCUCGAUUUCAGCAGCAAAGCAUCAAAUGAGAAGGGACUAUGCGUCCCCUUCUCUUCAUCCUUCGCCGUUAGCACCUUCUUCUGCCUCCAUUUGUCGCCGGCCAUGGAAAUUAACCUCCCUGGCAUCUGCAACCUGACCUCGGACCUCCCCAGAAUCCAAAACCACGACGCGUCGAGGUUUUCCUGCUCGUCGGUCGACGCCAAGACCGCCAAACGCGCAAAGCUCGAGCCUUUUGGCGGUCUGGGUCUGUGUUCCGCAGGGAAGAUCCGAUCUUGUGCCGUCGUCAGGUGUUCGACCUCUCAGGAGAAUUGCCUGAGGCCGAAACCACAGCCGAGGCCGAAGAAACCGGUUGUUGAGGAUGCCGCCCCUGGGUCGAAUUCUGCCAACGCUUCCGGAUUGUGCAGUCAAAUCGAGAAGCUGGCGUUCCUCAAGAUGUAUAGCGAAGCUCUAGAAUUGUUUGAGAUCUACACAUCGAAGCGCAGGCUCGUCGCAGCUGACGCCAGCACCUACGAUGCUCUCAUCAAUGCCUGUAUCGGACUGAAAUCGACCAGAGCGUUGAAUUCGGUGUUUCAGCAUAUGAUCGAUGCUGGUUUUGAGAUGGAUCAGUAUAUGUGGAACCGUUUGCUUGUCAUGCAUGUGAAAUGUGGCAUGAUGAAGGAUGCACGAAGACUGUUUGAUGAAAUGUCUGAGAGGAACCUUGUGUCGUGGAGCAUCAUGAUAUCCGGUCUUGUGGAUGAGGGGUCCUAUGGGGAGGCAUUUGACCUGUUCUUAUUGUUGUGGGAAGAGGAAUCGGAUGCCAGUCCGCGAAUCUUUUCAACCAUCAUAAGGGCAGCCACUGGACUGGGCUUCACUCUUACAGGUAUGCAAUUGCAUUCAUGUGUUGUCAAAUUGGGAGUUACGGACAAUAUCUUCGUUGCCUGUUCUCUCAUUGACAUGUAUAGCAAAUGCGGAUGCAUCGAAGAAGCUCAGUGCAUAUUCGAUGAGUUGCCUGAGAAGACAAUUGUUGCAUGGAACGCGAUUAUAGCGGGCUAUGCUCUUCAUGGAUACAGUGAGGAGGCUUUGGAUAUGUACUAUGAGAUGCAAGGUGCCAAUGUUAAGAUGGACCAAUUUACCUACUCAAUCUUCUUUAGAGUAUGUGCUCGGUUAGGCUCGGUAGAACUUGCAAAGCAAGCUCAUGCAGGUCUCAUCCGGAAUGGUUUCCGGUCAGAUAUAGUGGCAAGUACUUCUUUGGUUGAUAUGUACUGUAAAUGGGGCAGGAUGGAAGAUGCUAGGAAUGUUUUCGAUAAAAUGCCACAGAAGAACCUUAUAUCUUGGAAUGCACUGAUAGGUGGAUAUGGGAACCAUGGCAUGGGAGAUGAGGCUGUUAAGAUGUACGAGAGAAUGUCGAAGGAUGGGAUGGUCCCCGACCAUGUAACCUAUCUUGCUGUCUUAGGUGCAUGUAGCCAUUCUGGUUUGUUUGAGAAGGGGAGAGAGAUUUUUGAGUCAAUGUGUCAAGACCCAAAGAGAAGCCCGCGAGCAAUGCAUUAUGCUUGUAUGAUUGAGUUGUUUGGUCGAGAAGGAUUACUGGAUGAAGCUUUCGCUUUGAUAAAAAAUGCUCCAUUUAGCCCCACAAGGAACAUGUGGGCAGCAUUGUUGACGGCUUGUCGGGUACACAAGAACUUGGAACUGGGCAAAUUUGCUGUAGAAAAACUUUUUGGCUUGGAACCUGAAAAAUUAAGUAAUUACAUUGUUCUUCUCAAUAUAUAUAAUAGUUCUGGGAGGACAAAGGAGGUUGCUAAUGUUCACAAUGCCUUGAAAAGCAAGGGCAUUAGACUUCGUGAAGCUUGCAGUUGGAUCGAGAUAAAGAAACAGCAGCACAAAUUCCUUUUCGGUGAUAAACUGCAUCCGCAGAAGGUCCAAAUCUAUGAGAAACUAGAUGCCCUGAUGGAUGAGAUAGUGAAAUUAGGUUACAUUCCUGAUGAAAAAACUUUGCUUCCUGAUGUGACAGAGGAUGAACAAAGAAUGCUUACUUACCACAGUGAGAAGCUAGCAAUUGCUUUUGGGCUAAUGAGCACAACAAAUUUUACUCCCCUGCAAAUUGUUCAAGGUCAUCGAAUCUGUAACGAUUGUCAUACCGUGAUCAAGCUCUUUACCUUGCUUACAAAAAGGGAGAUCGUCGUACGAGAUUCAAGCCGAUUUCACCAUUUCAGAUGCGGUAAUUGUUCCUGUGGUGAUUACUGGUAACUAUACUUUGUCUUACGAAAUAGGUAGUAUAUCUGGAACCGAGGCAGUUAUAAAAAUGUUUGGAGAGUUGAACUGAAGAGGAAAGUUAAAAUUUAUGCUUAAUAAAGCUUUACCAUUCAAUUCUUUUCCAACUAUAGCCCCAAAUAAUGUUAGUAUAUCAUGUUACUGAUGUAGAAGGAUAUCAAUUCUUCUUGCUAAUGAAUUCCAAUUUUUGCGAA